UCUCCAAAGAAGAAAAAGAAACACUGCUCAGAUUACUGUACAAGAUGUUCGCCGUGAAAUCAACAAUCAGUUUAAUCGAGCUUGCAACGCCACAAAAAAAUCUGCGUAAUGGGACCUCCAGGCCCUCCCGGUGCUCACGGGUAUCCUGGGUACAAAGGAGAGCCAGGGCCUCCGGGGCUCCCUGGCCCACGAGGAUUUAUGGGUCUAAGUGGGGCCCCAGGCGUGAGUGGCAAGCAAGGACCAGUUGGAGUAAAAGGCGAGAAAGGUGACGUAGGCUUUGUUGGCGCACCUGGGAUUAAGGGAGAGUCCGGUUUACCUGGUCCUCAAGGGAAAAAAGGAUCUAUUGGCUUGAAGGGCAGUAAGGGAAUAAAAGGUUCUAAUGGAAUUCGUGGACCGAAAGGACAUCUUGUUGUUGCACCAAAAGUCCAUGUUUUUCCCAAAUCGCAGGUAGUUCCCGUCAACAAAUCAGCAACUUUUCACUGCUGGGUUGAUGGUCAUAUGUCACGAAAACGACCUGGCGUAAGCUUGGAGAUGCUUUAGCUAAAGGUGUCGUAAAUGGUGACACUCUCCAUUUUGACAACGUCCAAAAAUCCCACGCUGGAUCGUAU